CCCGGCCAUUAAAACAAACGCACACAGCCUAGCGGUACCCUCCAUGUAGCAGUUGACCAAGACGUUCAGAGUUGCUUAACUAACACCUUUCGACACCGGUAAACGAUGAUGUCGUAAACUACGGGUCCAGCCCCUCAACUGACCUUGUAUCCCCGCCAGUAUGUGAACAUAAGAGCCAGAAAGAUGCCAGCAUGUCUUAAGCGUAAGAAGUUCUCCAGGGACAUCAGGUGUGUUGUCUUCCCGGAUGAGGUCGGACACAACAGCGCUAACUCCGCGGCGGGGUUAACUGCCCCAUCCACCGGCAGCUCAGCCGCCAGGGCGUGGGAGAGGUGUGGGGAGAGCUUUAUUGACCUUCCUAAAGUCAAGGAUGGCCAUUCGUCUGGAAGGACAUUGUCUGCUGUCAGGAAGUUGGACCCAGCCUCUUUUUCAGUGCAUGACAGCUCUGGUCACCAUGACGAUGACCCCGUGGACAUAGCGUGGACCUCCAGUGAAAAUGAGGGGUCGGGUAACGAGAGUCCGAAGCAGUCUCUGGCUAAAGCUGUGCCUCCUAAACGACAAGAGAGGAAGAGAAAGAUACAGAGACCAGCCGCCAGAGCAUCGCACGCGCUCCCUGUUGGUGAAGCGCCUAGCAUCUCCAGUCACCAUGACGACGCGGACCCGUUGGACAUCGCCUGGACGUCGUCUAGUGAGAGUGAGCGGUCGGAUACAGAUCACGACCGGUCUCUUGCUAGAGCAAUGGCUCCCGGACCACCAGAGAGGCGUAGGAAAACUCUCCGACCCACCGCCGCCGUUGAGUGCUCCGACAAGCCACCCACUGAUGAAGAAGACCUUCCCAUCAUUGAUUCAGACAGUGAUCUGAACGGCUCUCCUGAUCAGUUGAAACGGGACAGUGCGGGUCAUAUAUCUGAGUGUGAAUCUCCACGGCAUGCCGUCGACGGGGGCCUGAAAGCACCUAUAUCACCAGGGCCCUUGGGUGAUCCUGAUGCCUCAGACUGGGCGACCCGGGAGGGCGGUGGUUAUUCAGCCUCCCUGAACCGACCGGACGGUCACGGCCAGGCCAACAAGAGGUCGCUGGGUGACUGGGUCAGGGCGGCGCAGGCCAUGCACAUGCACAUGCACACGCCUCGGAAGCAAGCCGACGCCCAGUCCAAAACUCCGGAAGACUCUGGGAAGAAGAACCGGAAGCUCACCAGCGGGGGGUUUGCAGAGAGGCUGACUCGGCUCCAGGGCAGACAGAGGUCAUCCUUCAGCCUCUGGAGACACCUGUCCAUCGCAGAGGACUCUGCAGCCACAGCGGUGCAGCCUGGCGUGCUGGUGCUGGAGGUCCUGGACGUGCGGGAGGAGUGCAGCAUGCAGCUGGUCCACUGCCAGCAGCGCCGGCCCCCCGGGUGGGAGACCACCACCCCCGCCGCCGCCGCCGCCACUCCCACAGCCGCCCGCCUCCUGGUGCUCUUCGACAGGAAGACCUCGGCGCAGCUGAGGCCCGCGCCCGGGGACAUCAUCCACGUGUACCCUCCAUGGCAAAGACUUGACGUCGAAGACGAGAGCACCACCGUGAUCCUAAACACGCACUUCAGUCAGAAAGUUUAUUCGGACGUGAAAACCACCAACCCACAGGCCCAGCCCAGGCCCUGGCCCCCACUGGCCAGAUGUGUGCCCUACUCUUUGUCAAACACAUUCGGCCUGCAUGGAGCAGACAGCGUCAAAAGGAAGGACGCCACCACCGAGCAGGUUGCGAACGGCGAGGGGGUCGUCGGAGGUCCGGGGGAUAUGGACUGGGCUCCGGGGCACUCCCUCCUGGAGGUCAUCGAGGGCCUGGGGCGGCCGGGGUCCGUGGGGCCCGAGGUUCGGGUCGUGGUCCAGCGGGUGUACUCCUGCUACGUGCCCGAGCGGCCGACAGCGUCGGCGGCCCGGCCCAGGGCGCCACCGCCGCCCGCGGCCCCGCCCCCACGGAGAGGCCGAAGCAGGCUGUGCGCGCUGGUCCAGGACGGCCGUGGUAUCUUCAGCGUGGUUCAGCUCCAGCCCCUGCCCGGGGACCGGGAACUGCAGCAGUACACCCAGAAGUGGCAGGGGCGGGCCUGCACCCUGAGGAACGUCAAGGUGGUGCAGCGGGUUACUCGGGAAAGGUACGGUAGAGCUUUCCAUUUGAUAGACAGUGUCUGGCCUCCAACGAUUCCCUUUCAGGGCAGAGGCACAAGCGCCGCUCCCUGCUUCUACUACCUGCUCUCUGGCCAGGAGGACUCUGUUGAGGCCCUGGAGGGCUCGGCCCUAUCAGCUCUCUACCUCCCCCCCAAAGAAUUGCCCCUUCGGGAUGUCCUGCGGAGUGCCGGAGGCGUGCGUUGUCACAGUUUCACUGCGACCGUGGUGUACGCCAGCAUUCUGGGGGACGCUGUAGACCAGGCUGAGGUCUGGUUGUCGCUGACGGACCCCAGCCUCCAGGAGGAGGGGGAGGGGCGGGCCGAAGGCGGGGGGCCGUGCGGGCGAACGGUGCCCGUGUGUAUCAGCAAUUCCUGUGUGCUCACUUCCUCCGUCGCCGCGGCGAUACGCUCGCCCACGGCCGCCAUCUUGUCAUUUAGAGACGUCGUAAUGGAGAACGGCGCCCUGCUGUGCACAGAGCAGUCGGUGGUAGAGACCCCCCACCCAGACCGGGCGGGCAGGUCGGAGCUGAACGGGAGCGAGCCCCCCACCCCCACCAGAGCCACCCUGGGGUGCGGUCUGCCCCGACCAGUGAGGCUGGAUCCCCUGGGUGCGGACACCACGGCCCACUCUCUGUGUACUCUCACGGGAGUAAUCGUCGGCGUGGAGGAGGACACGGCUUGCUCCUGGCCCGCCUGCAGUGCCUGUGGAAGUGACCGCUUACAGGCCACGGGAGUCGGGGAGUCGUAAGUGAUCACACAAAACACGGCUACAACAAACCCCCCGGGCUGUCUUUAACCGGCCGUUAUCAGCAGCAGCACAGUCAUACGUGAAGUCCUGGCCCC